GAUAGCCAAUCAGAAGCGGUAACCAGGCAGCCACGCAUGUCGCCGAGCUUUUGGCCAAUCAGAAACGAGUUUGUGCGGAAAGUCCACCGCACUGCCGAGAAGCUCGCGCACAGAGAGUAUAUAAGGAGGCGAGGAGCGGAGCGGCACAGAGCUGAGAGAGAGCCGAUUCAUAUGCUUCACUCGAUUCACUCGAUUCUUCACUUUAUACUGGAUUAUUUACUUUAUCUGGAUAUUAAUCAUGACUUUUGAGGAACUUUGCAGACAGGACAACACAACAAACACCACUGACAGCAUGCGCAGUGCAGGGAAAGUCCUGGAGGAGUUGCUGCUUUCCUCCAAACAGCAGGACUGCCUCACCGUCGGAGUGUACGAAUCUGCCAAAGUCAUGAAUGUUGACCCGGACAGCGUGGCUCUGUGUGUGUUGGCCACUGACGAGCAGUACGAGUGGGACAUCGCUCUGCAGAUCCACUUCACGCUCAUCCAGGCCUUCUGCUUCGAUAACGACAUCAACAUCGUACGCGUGAACGACAUCGAACGUCUCAGCCAGAUCGUCAGCGCCGACUCGAGUGAUGCCACUGACGCACACUGCAUCCUCGUAACGAGGCCGAACGACGGUUCGUGGAAGGAUUCGUCCCUGGAGAAGCUGGGCGUGUACUGCGAGGAACGUCGCAGCGCGUGCGAAUGGGUUCCCACCGUCACCCUGCCCGAGCGGUGAACCGGGCGCGGCGGCCGUGUUUCAACUACGCCGACGGAAACCAGGCAGCCGACUGGGCGUCGAUCGCCCUCGCUGUAGGAUUAAACCUGAUGGGAGACGGACCGGGUCGAACCCGAACCGAAUCGAACCGUAGCAGCAUGUGUGUGGGUCUGCAGAGGGGAAUCAGACACGUUUGGCUUCACGCUGUACGGCACCGUUAUGCGAUGAUGGAUGUCAGGAGGUGUGAGAAUGAAAACCAUGUGAAGGUCGAGCGUUACAGGAAGUGUGUUCCGUGUCUGGAAGUGAACUGAUGACUUUUAUUUGAUAGGUUUGAGUAUCUAAAAGUAUUUGGACACUGGUUGAACUGCAGCGCUUCCUGCUCAUCAUGGAUUUGACUUGAUUGAUGUGUCGAAUUAAUGCUUUUCUUUAUUUUCGGGACACAAGACGAUGUUUAAAAGUGGCAGAAAUGUGAAGAAUUUUGG